AUGCCGGGCACCAGGAUGGUCGCCGUCCAUAGCCCUCCCCUGUUUAAUUCGGCCGAGCCACUGCUGCUGCGCCAAGUCCUGCAGGUGCAGGCAUACUCGGCACAAUCACACCAGCGGAUGGAGACCACGUCGCCCGGAAGAGGUUCCUGCAGGCAAGAACGCGGCGACCACCGGGCUCUAACUUUUAUGUGUGCCUCGCCGCUGCAAGCGCAUUUACUCGGAACCUCUGAGGAAUAG